UCUGGCCAGGAAUCCUCAUCGCCGACGCCGACAACGACAACCACGACACCAUCCAUCCGCUCCUUAACCUCCGGCCCGGCUCCAAUUACCUUACCUUGUCCUCACUCUCCUUUCCGAGCUCCACCACCACAACCCACUACCUUGUAUACCGCAACCAUGACGCGCGCCCAGCAGACCAUCUCCUUCGGCCUCUUGCUCUCCUCCCUCUACCUCGCCCUCUUCCUCGGCCUCAUCCCCCUCUCGCCCCGCGUCCAGGACGAGGUGAUUCCCUACCUCCCCUUCUGGGUCCUCGUCUCCUUCGGCGCAUACCUGCUCGCCAAGCUCGGCUGGGGCGUCUUCACCUUCAACGACGUGCCCCAGGCGCACAAGGAGCUGAUGGAGGAGAUUGCGCUCGCGCGCGCCGACCUGAGCGCCAAGGGCGUGGAUGUCGAUUAGACAGACUGCUGUCGUCUCUGAGGGAGGGAGGGAUACCCUGAUGUGCGGUGGAUGGAUGUGUGUGUGUGGGGGGGUUGAUGGCUGGGGUGACUGCCUGGUGGAGGGUAGGGUGGUGAUGCGCUCUCUCUUGGGGAGGAAUGGUCACUUGCACGCAAGAACACAGACGGACAGAGAGAGGGGGGGAAGCACGCGAGCCCCGCCUCUGCUAGAGCUACCACAGCAGCAGCCUGCCUACAUGCUCAAGCCGUUUCUUUUUCUUUUCUCUUUUCUUUUUAAAUUUUCCAUUUUCCCUUCCAAAUCCCGUCCCCGUUCCAGAAGCCGCUCUAUAAGAAAGAGUCUCUCCAUCCAUCUAGCUGUUUAUCUGCCUGUCUGUCUGUAUCUGCAUCUGUACUGUAC